AGACGAUCUUUAGCGGCACCGGCCAGGAAGCAGCGACGGCAGUUGUGGAAGUUUCCCGCCGUCUUUGUUGUCACUCUGUGUCUCUUUUUAUUUAUUUAUUACCACUGUGCCUGUCAAAUUACCUUCACAAACCACAAUGAGGCGAGCAAGAAGGAAUAAAAGUCAGAGUGCAGCAGAAAACGAAGAAGUCCAGUCAAAAACAGUGUGGCAGUGGAAGGGGGAUGAAGGACAGUGGGAACCGUACCCGCCUUCCGCCUGCGCCCUGUUGGACUCCGCCGUCUCUUCAGGAAAAACCUCAGUCACUCUGUCUCUGGGCUCUGGGACGUCCUAUGAAGUGGACCUGAAGAAGAUGUUCCAGAUUAAUCCCGUCACCAAGUACAAGAGGAAGAUUCGCUCUCAGACAGUAAAACCAGAGGGUUUGAGUGAAGCCGGUGACUUGAUUGCUCAUAAUGGGAGGCCAGUUCAAGUGAAAGAGGAAGAGGAGGAGACGGAACAGCAACCCGCAGCUAAGAGGAGAAGAGGACAAAGCAAGAGUCAGACAAAAACCAAAGAAGAAAUGAAGAGUGAAGCAGAGGUUGUGAAGACGGUGGUCAUGAAGGGAAAAGCUCCAGUGGACACCGAAUGCAAAGCCAAACUUGGAAAGGCUCAUGUUUACUGUGAAGGAAAAGAUGUUUACGACGUGAUGCUAAACCAGACGAAUCUUCAGUUUAACAACAACAAAUAUUACCUGAUCCAACUGUUGGAAGACGACGGCUCCAAGUGUUACAGUGUUUGGAUGAGAUGGGGCAGAGUGGGCAAAGUGGGUCAAAACAGUCUGACAGCCUGUGGUGGAGACCUGCUGAAAGCCAAAGAUAUCUUCAAGAAAAAGUUCCUUGACAAAACUAAAAACGAGUGGGAACACCGAGCGACUUUUGAGAAAGUGGCUGGAAAAUAUGACAUGGUGUUCAUGGACUACAGCACGAACGAAAAGGAGGAGACGCAGACCACGGCGGUGGACGCUGCACCAAAAAAGAAAACCUCCAAACUGGAUGUGAAGAUCCAGUCUCUCCUGGAGCUCAUCUGUGACGUCAAAGCCAUGGAGGAGUGUGUGCUGGAGAUGAAGUUUGACACCCGGAAAGCUCCUCUCGGCAAGCUGACCUCAGAGCAGAUUCGCGCAGGCUACAUGGCGCUGAAGAGAAUCGAGGCGUGUUUGAAGAAGAAGGGCAGCAAUCGGGAGCUACUGGAAGCCUGCAACCAGUUUUACACCCGCAUCCCGCAUGACUUUGGGUUGAAAACUCCCCCAAUCAUACACACAGAAGAUGAGCUGAAGGAAAAAAUCUCACUGUUGGAGGCGCUGAGCGACAUCCAGAUCGCAGUGAAAAUGGUUCAGUCCAGCAGAGACGGUGACGAACAUCCUCUGGACAGACAGUACAGCUCCCUCAAGUGCAAACUGCAGCCCAUAGACUCCAGCGCCAAUGAAUACAAGGUGAUAGAAAAGUACCUGCUGUCGACUCACGCCCCGACUCACAGUGACUACACCAUGAGUGUGCUGGACAUCUUCUCAGUGGACAGAGAAGGAGAGAACGACAAGUUCCUCUCACAGUUACACAGCAGGACUCUGCUGUGGCACGGUUCCCGCCUGUCUAACUGGGUCGGCAUCCUCAGUCAGGGUCUCAGAGUGGCUCCACCUGAAGCUCCCGUCACUGGUUACAUGUUUGGUAAAGGUAUCUACUUUGCCGACAUGUCGUCAAAGAGCGCCAACUACUGCUUUGCAAAUCAGCACAACCAUGUCGGACUGCUGCUCCUGUGUGAGGUUGCCCUGGGAGACUGUAACGAGCUGCUGGAUGCCGACUACGAGGCCAACAAUCUGCCUGCUGGAAAACACAGCACUAAGGGACUGGGACAGACCGGACCUGACCCCAAAAACUCUGUCACCCUGGAUGGUGUGACAGUGCCGAUGGGUCCAGGGGUGAAGACGGGCGUGGGUAAAAACAACGGUUACUCCCUCCUCUACAACGAGUUCGUCGUUUACAACCCUGCCCAGACUCGCAUGAGGUACCUGCUGCGGGUCCAGUUCAACUACUCUUCGUUGUGGUGAGGCUUCUGCAAAAAUAAUGAGACUCAGCAGAUUUCCUCUCCACAAAACCGGGAUGAUAUAUCACUUAGUCAUUCUUCAUGUACACUUAGGCACUGUGUAGGUCAUGGGGUUUCAUGGUUUCCUGGUUAAGAUGUGACUGGAUCAAACUGGAGAAAAGCAGGUUUUCAGAAAUGUUUACUUUGUCAGUGACGCCUGUGUGUUUUAGAUGUCAUGCAGCGGGAACUUACAGAUCUAAAGGUUAUGAAUUUCUUACAUGGGAAUGGAAAGUUUUAAUCUAUGUAAGAAAAAACCCUUUUUUUUUCCACAUCAGGUUCUGUAUGUCACAGGUAAUCAGUUCAACAAAUCUCUUUUUCUUUUUGAGUCAGGAAGUUUAUGUUUGAGCCUGUAAAAUCAUUUCUACAUUCCUCUUUAUUUAUCAAUGAGGCUACAGGUACAAAAUACGCUGCUGCUGAAGCUUUGGUGAAGGUAAAAGAUGAAAAUGGAUCUAUGUGAUAUGAGGAAAAUAUGCAGAACAUUUUGCACUACUUCUUGCCAAUGUGACUUUAUAUCACUACAAGCUUGUUAUUGUAUUGCAUGUUUCACACAGCAACAUUCAUAGCAUUUUAGUUUUCUGCUCUGGUGCUGUAUGUAACACAAAUGGCCUUAUUUUGGAUCUAUUGAAUUAUCAGUGUCUGACUUUAAUGACACAAAAUGAAACAUCUUCUAGGCUGGAUUGACAUUACUUCUUAAUAAUGUGUUUUAUUAAUAAAUGUUUUUGUUUGUUUGAAUAAUUGUCAUGUUUUUGUAUUGGUUAACAUAAAAUGCAAGAAACAGAAUAAAAUACAGUUUUUAAUUAUGUUUUAUUUAUGUAAAACUGAGACAAAGACAAUAUUCUGUAAAAACGCUGAUCAUCAUUCAUUCAUUGUCACUUAAAACAGGAUGCAGUUACAAUAUGUACAUAAUAAAAAAAUUAGCUUUUUGA